AUGUGUAAUGUCCUAUUCAUUUCAGGUAGUGUUCUAACAGCUCUAACAACACGAUCCUGGGCAGCAAGUAUUUCAAUUGCUUUAAUGAUAUCAAUCUGUUAUUCACAUGAACGUGCUCGUAAAUAUUUUUGGUUAUAUCAUUUAUUUGGUUGGUUGGCACCAAUGUUUACAACUUUAGUGAUUUAUCUUCAAUCAAAAGUUGAUAGAUCAAAAGGUGAACCAACAUUAGAUACAGAAAAAUUUGGAACAAUACAAAUUAUUGCUUCAAUUUGUUUACUUGCUUCAUGUAUAAUACUAACUUCAACAAAUCUUCUUCGCAUCGCUCGUCGUACAUAUCGAUUAAAACAAAAUGCACGUGAAAAUCGUUCUGCAAGUUUUACAACAAAUGAAUUUCAACCAUUAAUUAAUGAUUCGAAUGAAUAUGAUCAAAGUCAAAUAACAAUACAAUCAGUUUCCAUAGAUAAAAUUCCAUUAGAAGUGCAUUCACAAUUACUUCGUCAUGCAGUACUUGUUGGUUUCUUGAAUAUUAAUGCAUUUGUUUGUAUAUCAGUUUUAUCAUGGUCAGUUUUAACAAAAAAUCGUGAUGGUGUUUAUUAUGAAUUACAAUUUCUUGAUACUGUUUUAUUACAUGGUCAAGGUAUUAUAACAUUUCUUGUUUUUUCACUUGAUGCUGAUGUAUUAUUACCUAUAAGUCGAAAAAUUAUUAAAUUAUUGAAUUAUUUUGGUUUCAAAAUAAAAUUCUCUCGACAUAGUAGAAGUCAUAGGUCCUCAGAAAAUGAACGACUACUUGAUUUUGAACAUCAAAUUCGACCAAAUUUUAUUCAACAUUCAAUAUUAACACAUAGUAUAAAUAGUUCUUUGGAUUCAGUUGAGACAAUAUUUAAUGAAGAUGAUUUUUGUCAAUGGCUUAUAUCAAGUGGUUAUAUGGAGAAUGAGUCAAAAGCUCAUAAUUAUUGUCAUGCAUUAGUUAAUAAAAAACAAAUUAUUUGUAUAGAUCGUGUACAAAAUGAACAAAUUCUAGAUUCUGGUAAUCAUUGGUAUGCUUUUUCCAAAUAA